GGCAGGAGGCGGGACGCUGAGCUCCGCGGACAGCUUCGCGGUUCCGGAAGCCCCUGGACGUGGCCGAGGCUGCGAGGUUCCUGGCUCGGACUGCGGGAACCGCCAGACUCCAGCUCUGAGAAAUCCCUUCCUCGGUGCUUGUUCCAGAGGCCUACGACUCCACCCAGCCGCUGGGGCCUGCCCUGGGCCAGCUGUCACUGAGCAGAAUCCCCUGUUGUCCAAAGAGGCUGGUGCCAGCGGAGGUGACCGCCAUGAUCCCUUGGGUCCUCUUGGCCUGUGCCCUCCCUUGUGCGGCAGACCCGCUGCUUGGAGCCUUCGCCCGCAGGGACUUCCAAAAGGGCUCCCCUCAACUUGUCUGCAGCCUGCCUGGCCCCCAGGGCCCACCCGGACCCCCGGGAGCCCCAGGGCCCUCAGGAAUGGUAGGAAGAAUGGGCUUUCCUGGAAAAGAUGGCCAGGAUGGCCAGGAUGGGGAUCGGGGAGACAGCGGAGAGGAAGGUCCACCUGGCCGGACAGGUAACCGGGGAAAGCCAGGACCAAAGGGCAAAGCCGGGGCCAUUGGGCGGGCCGGCCCCCGCGGCCCCAAGGGGGUCAGUGGUGCCCCAGGGAAGCACGGCACACCAGGAAAGAAAGGACCCAAGGGCAGGAAGGGGGAGCCGGGCCUCCCAGGCCCCUGCAGCUGCGGCAGCGGCCACGCCAAGUCAGCCUUCUCAGUGGCGGUGACCAAGAGCUACCCGAGGGAGCGGCUCCCCAUCAAGUUUGACAAGAUCCUGAUGAACGAGGGUGGCCAUUACAACACGUCCAGUGGCAAGUUCGUCUGCAGCGUGCCGGGAAUCUACUACUUCACCUAUGACAUCACGCUGGCCAACAAGCACCUGGCCAUCGGCCUGGUGCACAACGGCCAGUACCGCAUCCGGACCUUCGAUGCCAACACGGGCAAUCACGAUGUGGCCUCGGGCUCCACCAUCCUGGCUCUGAAGCAGGGUGAUGAGGUCUGGCUGCAGAUCUUCUACUCAGAGCAGAAUGGGCUUUUCUACGACCCUUACUGGACCGACAGCCUCUUCACGGGCUUCCUUAUCUAUGCCGACCAGGACAACCCCAAUGAAGUGUAGACAGGCAGGUGCUGGGGCUCCAAGGAGGGAACAAGCUCCUGGACUUCUAGAACAAGAUCCCUCAGCUCUCUGCCUGGUGGGUGUGGGAACUGCCAGCCUUGGACAUUCCUCCUCUGCCCAUUUUCCCCUUCAUCAUUAAAUCCAAGCUUUUUUAUUCA